UGUCUCUCCACCCUUAGAAUGCAGACUAUAUAAAGGAGUAAAUGUCAUCAACUUUACUUGUAUCUUGAAGGACUGGUGUUGAACAUUGAAGCCUAAUCAUGAGUAAGAACGCCUUGAGCACAAAUGAAGCGCUUCACAAAGAGGACCAACUGGUUUCCAGUAAUGGACUGUGGAAGGCUGUUUUCCAGAAUGAUGGUAACUUUGUGAUCUACGGCUGGAAGGCUACAUGGGCUUCAGACACUUAUGGAUCAGAUGGUACCCGCGUGGUCAUGCAGCCUGACGGUAACCUGGUCAUAUACAACAAAUGUGAUCAACCCAAGUGGAACACAGCUACAUGUACUGCGGGUGCUCAUCUUAAUGCUCGCGUUGAGCUGACCAAUGAAGGCAACCUGGUGUUGUUCAAGGAGAAUGUCAAAAGCUGGAGCUCUGCUGACUCCAGAGGCCAAAAAUGAUGACUCAAGUAGUCUCUUGAAUUUGAGUUCACUGCAAGAGAAGUUAUUCUCAGAAUGUCUGCAUGAAUUUUAGUAGACCUACCUGAAAUAAAAUCUGAAACUCAAUUAAAACAAAUUCUUACAAAGUAAAA